GAGGAAGUUGUGCGUGUGGUGGGUCAUGGAUGAGAAGCAGCGACCUGAUCCUGUUCUUAGGAGCUCGGAUCGAGUUAUGGUGGGCUAGAUAUCAAUCAGGAAAGAUCCAGUUCCUGCCUAUAUUACAAUAUUUAUGGACUAUGUUGAGCGGAGAGGACGCAGAGCGCUGGUGCGUCCGGCGCACAACACAUUCUCAAGAGACACGAGCUGUAAAAGAGAGGACUACUUGGAAUGGCCUGAUUAUUUCAUGGCUGUAGCCUUUUUGUCAGCCCAGAGGAGCAAAGAUCCAAGCUCCCAGGUGGGAGCAUGCAUAGUGAACCAAGAAAAUAAGAUUGUUGGUAUUGGUUACAACGGGAUGCCCAAUGGCUGUGAUGAUGACCAGUUGCCAUGGUCGCGGUCUGCUGAUGACAGACUUGACACUAAAUAUCCUUAUGUUUGUCAUGCAGAGCUGAACGCCAUAAUGAACAAGAACAGUGCUGAUGUGAAGGGAUGUACCAUGUAUGUGGCUUUGUUCCCGUGCAACGAGUGUGCCAAGCUCAUCAUCCAGGCAGGCCUGAAGGAAGUCAUCUACAUCUGUGACAAGUACCACCAUACGCCUGAGAUGACUGCUUCUAGAAGGCUGCUACACAUGGCAGGAGUACAGUUCAGGCAGUUCCAACCUAAGAGGACUGAGAUCAUCAUUGACUUUAACUCUAUUAACAAUCCUGAGACCCUGCAUGGUGGUGCCCAGGAAAGACCAGAGGAGCAGCUGGACAGAGUUCAAGAAGAAUGGAGAGAUGGAAAAUGACUUGGUUGUCUUUUUGGUAGUUUUUCAUUUGUGUUUCUCCAAAGAAACAUUGAUCACAUUAGUGGUAAAAAUCUGAUUUGUUUGAUAGUAUAGAUGAUUGAUUUGAAGCUUUUUGUCCUAUCUGAGACAGUUCUGUCUUCUGAACAAAUAUUUACAUUUAUGCCCAUUUUUCAUAGUGUCUGUUGGUGAAUUAAAGUUGAUGUUAAAAAGCAGCUUCAGGAACCCUGGUGUAGAUUAGAGGAUUUAAACUCAAGAAAUAAUGUAAUAAAAAUAAAUUUAUUUUGUCAAAAAGCACCAGAAGUGAGAUGUGGCAUACAAGUUAAUUUCUUCAUAUCGCACCAUGGUGUCAGAUUCACCUGUAUGAAGAUGUUUGGCCUGUAAGUUAAAAGUUAACCCACCACCCUUCACCCCUCCAAGAGCACGGGGUCACAAUCAGAAGAUCAUGAGGUGUUGGACAACCUUAGAGGCCCUGAGGACUCAGCAGAUAAAGACAGUUACCGUAUUUUCUGGACUAUAAGUCUCACUUUUUUUUCAUAGUCUGACUGGUCCUGCGACUUAUACUCCGGAGCGACUUAUAUACCAAAUUAUGUAUACCACACUGCUGCGGACCGGCUCUGGACCAGGAAUGAGCUCCUCUGCCCCGCUGGUAGGGUUUGAAACACCGCCAUCCUCUGCUGGAGACAGUGGCGCGCUGCUGCACCCUGGUUGUUUAUUCUGUUAUUGUUACCAGUACUUGUCUUGCAAUGUGAAAUGCUUGGUCUCCGAUUUUGUAAGAAAAGUAAUAAAAUUUCCCCCCAAAAUGUGA